AUGGCCUCGAAACAGACCUUAUCCAUGAAUGGACCAACCUUUCUACGAGGUUCGGCAAUGCUCAUUAUUUGGGGUGGGCUUGAUCAAGGAAAGACAAAUAAAGAGGAAGAGGAACUGAAUGACUGGUGGAGUAAUGAGCACCUUCCGGAGCGACUUGCCAUUGACGGCUUCCUCAGAACACGUAGAUUUCAUGCCCUGAGGGAAGGUAUAUCGCAAUACUUGGUCUGGUAUGAAGUCGCAAAUUUGGAAGUGCUCACUUCGCCCGAUUAUAUGGCGGCGCUCAAUAGUCCCACGCCUGGAACCAGAAGGUUCAUGCCAAUACUUGCUUCAAUGAACCGGUCAGCUUGUCGUGUUUUGUACUCGGUGUCCCGACCUGAAUUUAGCAAGUGCAAAGAAGGUCCCACAGGUGGGACAAUAGCUCACGUUGUCCUUGAACCACCCCAGUCUUCGGAAGGCAGGCAGCAAAUACUGUACUGGAUUCAACGAGACGGAUGGGCGGGGUUGGUUUGCUAUCCAGGCACACUGGCGUUACACCUGAUGGAGCACGAUGAAGCAGCGUCCAAUUCUGGGAGUAAGACAAAAUCGUAUGAUGGGGUUCGUUUCCAGGACCGGUCAGAGGAUGCUCGAGGCCGGUGGAUCCUGUUGGUGGAAUAUGCUGAGACGAUCACAGCACCAUUUGCAAAGCACCAAGCAGCCAGUGAAGCGCUGAGGCGGGGAAUACACGGCUGUGGAGUUGUGUCGGGAGAUCCUCAAUAUUAUAGCCUCAUUUGUGCUGCAGCAGAGUAG